UGUUUCUGUUUGAAAUAUUUGCUUGAUAAAUAAUGGUUUAUUUUAGAGAUAUAAAUGAUUUUUAUGCAUUAAAACAAUUAUAACUUUUAUUUAUACCCUAAUUACUAUUAAGGCAUUUUCUAUUAAAGUAAAUUAAUUUAAAAUGUUUGGUGAAAAAGUUAUAGAACUGUUAAAAGAAUCAGAUAGAAAUCGGGAGACACUAGACCAGUACAAUGACGAAAAAAUACGGCAAAUCAUAGAAGAAAUGCAUGUUUUAUUCAAACUGAACAUGAAUGAUGCCAAUGCAACAACAGAAAACAAAUCACUAUGGACAACAGUGCAAGUUCGGCAUUCAGCGCUAGAACGCAAUAAAAGAUGCUUGCUAGCCUAUUUGUAUGACCGAAUGAACAAAAUCAAGACAUUGAGGUGGGAAUUUGGGUCAGUUCUACCACCAGACAUCAGGGAACUAUUGUCAGAUAGUGAAUAUGAGUGGUUUUCCAAAUAUUCAACAAAUUUAGCAACUUAUAUGAGAUCCUUGGGACAAGAUAUAGGUUAUAGCGGUAUAGACCUCACAGAGAACUUGCGGCCUCCUAAAUCUCUCUAUAUAGAAGUACUCUGUGUUGCAGAUUAUGGUAAAUUGGAAUUGGAAGAUGGUGAUGUUAUUCUGUUGAAAAAGAACAGCAGGCAUUUCUUGCCGACGUCUGAAUGUCAAACACUAAUUAGGCAGGGUAUCUUAAAACAAAUAACUUAGAUUUUAUGAUUAUCUUUAAGUCUUUGAAUGAUAGUUUAAACAAUAUUGAAAGUGCAAGUUGUAUUUUGUAUAGAAAUUUUGAUAGGUUGUGAUUUUUUUGGAUUGUAAAUAUUUUUCUAACUAUACCAAU